AACAACGACAACGACAACAACGAAAAGACCUUACAUCUCGGUAUGACAGAAUUCCUUUAACCUACUAGAUUAUAUACGGUGCAAGGCGCCGAUUACAUUGCGGCUGACACAAUGUCUGCGACUUCUCGUCAGUCGAACGUUACCGCGUACCUCAUCUAUUUGGUCUUCAUCUCAACCCUGGGACCCCUUCAAUUUGGCUUCCAUUUGGCUGAAUUGAAUGCCCCCCAAGCCGUCAUCACCUGCGAGAAAAAGAGCAUCAGUUCGAUAUCAUUUUCGGUACAGCUACCACAAUGCCUACCGAUGAACGCAUCGCAGUUUGGGCUUGUCUCAUCCAUAUACACUCUUGGGGGUCUUGUUGGAGCUCUGGUUUCUGGACCAGUUGCAACCAGAUCGGGCCGGCUAUUGGUAUUAAGAGCAACUACAGCUUUCUUUGUUGUGGGCUCGAUCGCUGAAGCAUUAUCCCCAAACAUUGCUGUCUUGAAUAUAGGAAGAUUUCUGAGUGGUGUCGGAGCUGGAGCAUCGAUUGUGGUCGGCCCAAUCUACGUGUCUGAGAUUGCCCCGCCCUCGUCAAGAGGAUUUUUCGGUGCUUUCACUCAAGUCAUGACAAAUGUAGGCAUCUUGUUGACACAAAGUCUCGGAUACUUCUUUAGCAGAGGGAGCUUAUGGAGAAUCAUUCUCGCUGUGGGCGCCGGCCUUGGCUUAGCCGAGUUUCUUGGCCUUCUUUUGGUGGCAGAGAGCCCGUCCUGGUUGGCCGAACAUCAUCACGCAGAUAGAGCGCGCCAAGUCCUGCAACGUAUUCGUGGCAAAAAUGCGGAUAUUGAAGAGGAGGUACAAACCUGGAAGAUUGGCUCAGCUGAAAGCAAUGGGGAUGGCGAGCAAGAAUCUUUGUUGUCACAGCACACACAUCAACCCUCGCCCCAAGAAUCCCGCGUCACUAUACUGACAGUGGCCACUAAUCCGCAGUAUCGACCUGCUAUCAUUGCGGUUGUCAUUGUCAUGCUUGCACAACAAUUUACUGGUGUGAACAGCAUAAUUAUGUACAGUGUCUCCUUACUGCAGAGUACUCUACCGACUGCCGCUCCGUUGUUAGCUGUCAUUAUCUCUGCCCUAAAUCUCGUCGUCACCUUGGCGUGCUCUCCUCUGCCGGACAAAAUCGGUCGCAAGACCUGUCUUUUACUCAGUGUUGGUGGCAUUGGUUUAGCAUCAGUGCUGCUGGCCAUUGGUAUCUCUGUCGGUCAGAAGAUUGUAUCCGCAUUAGCAAGUCUACUAUUCGUCGCUAGCUUCGCAGUCGGGCUAGGUCCUGUACCCUUCAUCCUUGCUUCAGAACUUGUGGGGUCUGAGGCUGUUGGCGCCAUUCAGAGCUGGGCGUUGUCUGCCAACUGGAUUGCAACGUUCAUUGUCGCCCAGUUCUUCCCCAUCCUCAACGGAGCUCUUGGCGGAAAGGGCCAGAUAUAUUGGAUCUUCGCCGCCCUGGCCGGUCUGUUCGGCCUACUCAUCUAUCUCCGCGUUCCAGAGACGAAAGGCAAGUCCUCACCCGAUGAGGUCUGGGGGCGGGUUGACGAACGCCGAAUUGAUUAGUGAUAGUACAUUGAAUGUGAACUGUUGAGUUGAUAUCAUUUCCUGUCAAGUCGACCCACCUAGUCGUGCAUAUUUUUAGCAUCAAUGCAAAACGUCUGGCUG